GAGAGAGAGAGAGAGAGAGAGAGAGAGAGAGAGACUCUGGUUGGUAUAAUAUAUAUCCAGAGCUUUCUUAAAGUCGGAUCCCCUGCUAUAUGUGGCUUCUCAUUAUCCUAAAUUGCCCAUAAUAGUUUGUCUCUUCCUUUCCCCAUAAAAGACACUCUUUCCUUUUCAGCGAAGAGUUGUUUAGAUAAUGAUUAGAAGUUAAAAGUUGGUAGAAGUUAAGAAAUAAUUAGAGAAUGAAGAUCCAGUGCGGCGUAUGUCACAAAGGGGAGGCCACUGUAUUCUGCCCUGCGGAUGAAGCUGCUCUCUGUUAUGGCUGCGAUAACAGCAUCCACCACGCAAACAAACUUGCCGGCAAACACACUCGCUUCUCUUUGAUCCACCCCUCCCUCGAGGAACUCCCUAUCUGCGAUAUUUGUCAGGAAAGGCGCGCCUUUCUUUUCUGCAAAGAAGAUAGAGCAAUUCUAUGCAGAGAAUGUGACGUCCCAAUUCACAAAGCCAAUGAACAUACCCAAAAACACGAUAGGUUUCUUCUCACAGGUGUAAAGCUCCAUGCCUCUUCUUCUUUAUACCCAACCCCAACAUCCUCCAAUGGCUCUGAAGCAAACAUCGACACUGAGAUCAGAAGCCCAGAGUCUUCAUCAAGAAAGAGACCAGACACUUUUCCUAAUGAAUUGUUCCUCAGUUCUCCAAGUGGGAAUGCAAAUCCAACAGCUAGCAAGGUUGAAGAAAAUCAGAUUAACGACAGUACGGCUUCCAUUUCAACCAGCAGCAUAUCAGAGUAUUUGAUGGAAACUUUGCCGGGUUGGCGAGUUGAAGACCUUCUUGACCCCGCAUUUCCUGCCAAUGGUUUCUGUAAGAGCUUUGAUCAAUCUCUCCCGUUAGUGGAUCAAGAUCUUGAGAGAAAUAUGGGUUCUUUUCCAUCAGAAGAUUCGGGCAUCUGGAUUCCUCAAGUACUGCCUCAAUUUCAUCUCUUUCCCCAGGCUGAUUUUCUGAAUGGAUUCAAGGAAUCGGCAAAGACUACUGACGUAAAAGUGAGCAGCCAGAAAUGGAGUGAUGAUGGUUUUACAGUACCUCAAAUCAGUCCUCCAUCUAAGAAAUCAAGACGCUUUAGAUAAAAAGCUUGCUUUUUAAAUUUUAUAUGUGCCAAUUCAUGUUCAACCUGUUCGUAAUCUGCAGAUCAUCGUCGGUGUGUGGUUAAUUCUGGGGUCAGUCAGUGGCUUUGAUGUUGUUCGCUCGAAUUGUUUGUAAUCAUG